AUGAUCAUACCACCAUAUAACCCCAGCGAUGCAGUCCUGUUGAAAAUAAAACUGCAAGGUACAGCAUGUGGGGCCAGACGGGUUCUGGGAAAGCUGUCCAGCCUGGACACACCGCCAUUCCAUUUUGCAAGAGGUGAUCGUGGUGAGCCAGGAGCACAGGGAGCGCAAGGACCACAGGGAUACCCGGGUGCCACAGGGAACCCAGGCCCUAGAGGUGACCCUGGUGAACCAGGACUUCAAGGUGCAGCCGGCCCUCCUGGGGGUGGCGUUGGUGGACUGACGAGUGGUGUGAAAGGACCAGAUCCUGAAAGUGCUGGUGGCAUCAAAGGAAACCAGGGUGCAGCGGGAGCAAGAGGUCCUCCAGGAAAUCCUGGCAAGCGUGGACCACCUGGAACACCUGGUAUCCGCGGAUCACUAGGACGAUCUGGUGAAGCAGGACCACCAGGGAAGCCUGGGCAGUCAGGCCCUCCUGGAUUACCUGGAGUAGAUGGGUCUGAUGGAGAACCUGGCGAAUCUGGAUUGAGAGGACCUGCUGGUGCCCAGGGAUCCCCGGGUCCGGCUGGAAAUCCUGGUCUGGCUGGUGAAGUGGGAUUCAAAGGAGAUAAGGGGAUUAGAGGGGCAAAAGGAAACAAGGGUAACCAAGGAACUCCUGGCGAAAGGGGUAAUGUUGGUGAACCGGGAAAACCUGGCAAUGAUGGACAGCCUGGAGAAACUGGACUAGUUGGUGCUCGUGGAAAGACUGGCAAACCAGGCCCUCAAGGGCAAAGAGGGCCAGAAGGAUCUCCUGGAUCACAGGGUCCCCAGGGUCCAAGAGGUCAGACUGGGACUCCGGGAGCUGUGGGUCUUACUGGCGUUAAGGGUGAUCGUGGAGAGCCAGGCAUCUUAGGUGCUCCUGGGGAAGCAGGUGAACCAGGGCUAGGGGGAGAACAAGGCCCAAAGGGCGAGGCCGGAAGGGAUGGAGCAGCAGGAAGAAGUGGCAGCCCUGGAGAGAAGGGAGGAAUGGGUCUUCAAGGGUUACCUGGCCCUGCCGGCCAAGCUGGAGCCCCAGGAACUGCGGGUGUGCCUGGAGCUCAGGGAAGAUCGGGUAGUCCUGGAGACAGAGGUCGACCAGGGCCUUCUGGAUUACAAGGAAUGAAAGGUGAAAAAGGCUCCCAGGGCGCACGUGGUCAACCUGGACCAUCGGGACCUACAGGCCGGAGUGGAAAACGGGGUCGAACAGGAGCAGAAGGGCCGCCGGGACCUAGUGGCCCAAUAGGAGCACAGGGUCCUCCUGGUUUGCGUGGCGCACCUGGUGCAGAUGGUCAGCCUGGCAGAAAGGGUUCACUAGGGGCUCCUGGAGCCAAUGGCGCCAAUGGAGCUAAGGGAGAUAAGGGAUCUGCUGGUGAUCGUGGCCAGCCUGGUCGACAGGGUGCUAAGGGGCCUACUGGUCAGCCGGGAGUAGCUGGACGUGAUGGCAAGACUGGUUCACCGGGUGACCCAGGAGCUGAUGGCAAACCAGGAGCUGCAGGACCUCAGGGAGCACCUGGAAACCCCGGACCAAGCGGCUUAACAGGAGCAAAAGGAGCAAUGGGAGAGCCUGGGGUAGCAGGUGAACCGGGACCUCCGGGAGCUCAAGGAGCAAAGGGUGAGACUGGAGCAGAUGGAAGACGUGGACUUACUGGAAUACCUGGGAAAAUGGGCAGACAAGGUGAAAGAGGUGAACGAGGAGCAUCAGGGCCACAGGGACUCCAGGGAGCCCCGGGCAGUCAGGGGCCAGCAGGUUUACCUGGAAAGCCAGGAGAAACAGGAUCACCAGGAGAAAGUGGAGCAGAUGGCACUCCAGGAGCUAGGGGAGAACGAGGUGCUCCAGGAGAACGUGGAGCCUCUGGCAUUGUUGGUGCACCCGGAGAUCCAGGUGAACCUGGAGCUGCUGGUCUUGACGGCAAACCUGGCGAGCGAGGUCUUGCUGGUCCACCAGGCCCGGUUGGCUCUCCUGGCCUUGCGGGUUUACCAGGACAGCAAGGACGAGUGGGACCUCCAGGUGCCAAAGGAUCAAGGGGAGAUCCAGGACCCUUUGGUGAACGUGGAUAUGACGGAAAGGAUGGAGAGCCGGGACAGGAUGGAAUGGCUGGGCCUCCAGGACAGUCAGGCCCACCAGGAGAAAAGGGUGAGGAUGGUGUACCUGGAUCAGAUGGUACUCCUGGUAGCCGUGGUGACACUGGUCCUCGUGGUUUACCAGGAACUCCUGGAUUACCUGGCAGACCAGGGCAAAUGGGACCUGCUGGCCCAAUGGGAAGUGAAGGACCCCGUGGACCACGUGGAGAACCGGGCGUCAAAGGACCUCCGGGCCCUCCAGGACGACCAGGUCCAACAGGAACUGCGGGUCAGCUGGGUGUUCCUGGCAUCAAGGGAGGCCAAGGCGAACAAGGAAGACCGGGCUUACCUGGAAAUCAAGGAUCUCCUGGAAAACCUGGCCAAGCUGGUCCUCCUGGACCCCCAGGACCGACAGGCCCUCCAGGCAGAGACGGAGCAGAUGGACAAAAGGGUGCAGCUGGAGAACCAGGGCGACCAGGAAAGGAUGGUCUUCCUGGACAACCCGGUAAAAACGGCAAGGAUGGCGAACCUGGCCCAGCGGGAUCUGAUGGCGGACCGGGAGAUAUUGGACCUGCAGGACCUGCUGGCCCGAAAGGCGACAGAGGACCAAAUGGCCCAACUGGAGCCACAGGCCCGGCUGGAGCACCAGGCGCUGCGGGCCAAAAGGGAGACACUGGAGCACCAGGACAAGACGGACGCAGUGGUCAACCAGGAUCACCGGGACCACGUGGUAAACCUGGACCAGCUGGCACUCCCGGAGCACCAGGGGCAGAUGGUUUCAAUGGAACAAAUGGUAAUCCUGGUAUUCCUGGACGCUCUGGGCUUAAGGGAGAACGCGGCGCCCCAGGCGAUCCCGGGAGUCCUGGCAAACCUGGCCCAGCGGGUGCCCCGGGCCCGAAAGGUGAUGCUGGUCCACCUGGCAUCCAAGGAGAAAAGGUGACGAUCAACUGACGAAGUUCUGUAGCUAC